GAUUCUAGGAAAGGCACCAGGCUCCCUGUCCACCAGGUCAUGACAGGAGCCCAGAAACUGGACUUAAGAUGCGUCCAAUUUACUAUGGGAUGUGAAUGCGGGUGGGGAAGAGAGAAGGGGAGGGGGAUGAAAUGUUACGAAUUGAUUUCGAUGGGAGGAGUUUCCUGCCUCCAGGGAGAAGGUGAAGCAAACACCUUCAACAUCUUUUUAAGCUGAGCUUUCAUGUGGAGCCGCAGCAUCGCGGCGAAGCGAUGGCGGAGAAUGGCGUCUGACCACGAUGUGAACUUCAGCGCGUUCCUCGGGCUCCCCGAGCGCUGCAAGAACAAGUGUUCCCCCCAUGUUUCAAAGCAGGGACGGUCCUGAGAGGUCAUUUUCCAUCUGGUGGGACUGAACUGCAACAAUGUCAGCACUGCCGAAACAAGUGACAAGAGGCCAAGACAGCCAAGUCUUGCCGAAGGUCCCUGUGCCCCCACUCAAACAAACCCUCGACACCUACCUGAAAUGCGUCCAGCAUCUUGUGAAAGAAGAGCAGUUUAAGAAGACUAAGGCCAUUGUGGAGAAGUUUGGGGCUCCUGGAGGAGUCGGGGAGAUUCUUCAGAAGAAACUUUUGGAGCGGAAGGAUAAAAAAGCUAACUGGGUCUAUGACUACUGGCUGGAAGACAUGUACCUAAACAAUAGGUUGGCCCUGCCAGUUAACUCCAAUCCUGCCAUGGUGUUUCCAAAACAGGCUUUCAGAGAUCACAAAGAUGCUCUCAGAUUUGCUGCUCGUCUCGUUUGUGGAGUGUUGGAGUAUAAAGCUCUCAUUGAUGCGAAAAAGCUGCCUCUGGAUUUUGCUCGAGGCCAGUUAGCAGGGACUCCUCUGUGCAUGGAGCAGUAUUACCGCCUCUUCACCUCCUACCGCUACCCGGGGCUGAAGACGGACACGCUGAAGGUUGACUCGAACGCUGCCUCCUCGGCACCAGAGCACAUGAUCGUGGCGUGCAAAAACCAGUUUUUCCUCUUGGAUGUAAUCGCAAACAACAAGCAGCUCAAUGAGGCAGAGAUCUUUCUCCAGCUGGAGAGGAUUAUGAAAAUGUCGGAAAAUGCUGAAGAGAGACUUCCUCCUUUUGGGAUCCUGACCUCAGAUGGAAGGACUGAAUGGGCACAAGCUAGGGAAGCAUUAAUAAAAGAUCAAGCUAACAGUGACUCUCUGGCUCUGAUUGAGAGCUGUAUAUGUGUGGUGUGUUUGGACGAGCCCUGCGGCAUUCCGCCCAGCGACACCAACAGGGCCCUGAUGAUGCUGCAUGGUGGUGGCAGGGAACGAAAUGGUGCAAACCGCUGGUAUGAUAAAUCGAUGCAGUUUGUUGUAGGAAUGGAUGGGGUGUGUGGUGUGGUGUGCGAGCAUUCCCCGUUUGAGGGAAUAGUCAUGGUGCAGUGCUCAGAGUUCCUUAUGAAACACAUAACAGGGAGUCCCUCCAGGACGGUUCAGUCGUCCAGCACCAAAGCACUCCCCUCUCCAAGGAGGCUGCUGUGGAAAUGCAACUCCCACAUUCAGGCUCUUCUAGAAGCAUCUGGAGACAGACUGCAGAGGCUGGUGAACAAUCUAGAUAUGGACGUUUUCACAUUUGAAACUUAUGGAAAAGAAUUUAUCAAAAAACAGAAGAUGAGCCCAGAUGCAUUCAUACAAAUCUCCUUGCAGCUUGCAUUUUACAAAUGCAGAGGAAGGCUGGUGCCCACGUAUGAAAGUGCUUCGCUUCGUCGUUUUCAAGAAGGUCGGGUAGAUAACAUCCGUUCAGCCACAGCUGAGGCCCUGGCCUUUGUGAGGUCCAUGGCCGACGAGAGAUCAACUUUCACAGAUUCUGAAAAAAUGAAACGAUUGAAGGAUGCGGUGAAGGCCCAGACAGACUACACAAUCGCAGCAAUUACAGGAAUGGCAAUAGACAAUCACCUCCUUGGACUUCUGAAGGUCUCAAAGGAGCUGAACAUGGAGAAGCCAGAAAUCUUCUGUGACGAGACGUAUCUGGCCAGUAACCAUUUCAUCCUCUCUACUAGUCAGGUUCCUACAACAGUGGAGAUGUUCUGCUGCUAUGGACCUGUGGUGCCCAACGGCUACGGCACCUGCUACAACCCGCAGCCGCAUCAUAUUGUCUUCAGCGUGGCGAGUUUCUGGGAGAACACGGAGACGAGCUCGGCCGUUUUCGUCAAAGCCCUAAACGAGGGCCUGUUGGAAAUCAGGGAUCUGUGCAAUAGAAGUGCAGCUGCAGAUACCAAACCACCCGAAAGCAGCCCGGCAGCUGGCCAGCCUCGUAAAUCAGGAAAGUAAACUAUACAGGUAGAACUUCCUCUAUACUGACCUAAUCGAAUCUUAGAGUUAGUCUCAGCCUGAUAGCUCAAGAAAAAUGAAAAGCCUUAUAAAUUAAUAUGUAACGACAUAAAAAUAUAUAUUUAAAUCUUUAGAAAUAUAUAGAAAAGAAAAAUUAAUAGGUCAAUUUCAUUUUUGGAUGUGUAAGAGUGAUGUGGGGUUCAAAUCUGACUCUGGUGGACUGAAGUCAGUCGGUCUGCUGCACUUAAGGAACUUGAAGCCAUGUCUGUUUGUAGCACCAGUCUGAGGAUUCAGUCCUCAGUCUAAGAGUUAUUAAAAAGAUCCUUCCUAUGUAUAUUACAACUAACUUACAACAUAUAAAUUAUUAAUCUGUAAAACAGGACAGUGACUGAAAAAAAAUCUGAAUAGAGUAUAGUAUAAUUUAUUAAUGCCAUCUGGUAUUUGUGAAUGAGCUUUGCCAUUUGAUCAACACUGUGAUUUUAAAUGUUAAAAUAUAGGAUGUAUUAAUAUGUGUAAUUUAUUAUUUUUUUAAUCAUAAGGUUUCCAACGAGGUGUGUGUAUGUGUGAAGUAUGUCUUUUAAAGCACUUUAACACACAUACUCAUACACACACUCACAGACAGUUGAAACCAGAUAUGUACAAACACUACAGAUCACACUUUCAGGCCUUUAUUUUAUUUAAUUAUGAUGAUGUUCUGCUUCCAGCUGACUUAAAACCUCACAUUUAAGAUUAGAAAAUUUCCUCAGCCUAAUAGAAGAAAACAUUUUUACAACACAAUUUGAGACUUUAUGAAAAUUAUGUAUAGGACCUGCUUAAAGGUCGUUAUCUCAAACAAAUCUAAUUGGAAUUGAUUUUCUAAAUCAACAAUUAAGAUUUCACAAAGACACACAACAAAUACAAGUUGAUAAUUUAUUUAUUAGGACUCCAGUGUAAUAUUUGCAAAUAUCUAGACGUGUUACGUAUUGGGCGACUGUAGCUAAUGGAAGGUUGUAGGUUCGAUUCCAGCUUCCUCCUGCCACAUGUCGAUGGCGCUUAACCUCAAAUAACCGAUCUGCGUAUUGGUGUAUAAAUAUGUGUGUGCGUUGGUGAGUGCGAAUGGGUGAAUGUGACACAGUGUAAAGCGCUGUGAGUGGUCAAAAAGACUGGAAAAGCACUAUAUAAGUUUAGUCCAUUUACCAUUACAGCAAUAGUGGCAAUAAUAGGUGGAUAUGUGUUAUCAGUGCUGCUUUAUUAUCAAGUUAUAAAAAAGUAUAUAUAUCUACCAUAAGUGUAUAUUUAGAAUUUGUCCUUUCAUUUGCAUUUAAAGUAGAUGCAAUACAUAAAAUAGAUAUGUACUGCAUAGCAUAAGCAAUCUGUGCAAUAAUACAUGAAGUGCAGUGAAGGUUUUGUGCAAUCUGACAGAUGAGUUCAUUAUGUGCAUGGAUCUUCUUCACUGAUAAAUCAAUAAGAGUUGCUAUUUUUAUAUUCAGAAGUAAAAGAAACAAAUACAAUAUGAACUUAUGAAACUAAAAAUGUUUAUUUGGUGAGUGCUUUGUCGGAAAAAGUCCUUGCAAGUAAGUGUUGUGUGUCUUAUGUAUUUUGUGAACUCUAAGUGGCAAUCAGUGUUAAAGGUGUCAAGAUACUUACUGUCUUGUUGUGUAUCCCCAAACCAACGUGAAUGUAUUAUAAUUUUAAAGCUGAGAUAAGUAUUAUACCUGAAAUGUGUGUGUUUAAUUCUCUAUUAAGCUACAACAAUUUUGAUUAAAUAUUAAUAAAAUCUCAUGAGUGCAAAUUCAGAAUGCCUUAAAAAGAUGCAAGAGUAUUGCUGUCAUUUGUCUGAAGAAAACACCUAUUAAUGUGGGAACAUGGUUAAGAUGUAUUUGUCACAAAUUGCUUUUGUUGUUUGUAUGUAUCACCCAAUAAUGUAUUUAUUGAUAAUUAUUGGAAAAAAACCUGUAUAAAUGUGGCUUCUGCUGCAGAAGUGUUCACAUCACUUGAAUUUCUUUCUCAUUUUGUGUAUUUUGUUGGUACUUUAUGUGUGGGUCAACACAAAGUGGUACAAAACUGUGAAGUGAAAAAAAAAAGAUAAAGUGUGUUUUGUUGUUUUUCUUGAAAAAUAAACAUCUUAAGUGUGGUAAACAUAUUAAUUCAGAUCAUUUUACUGUGAAACCAUUUAAUAAAAUCUAGUGCAGCCA